CUUCCAUCGCGCGCACUCGUAUACGCAUCGCAGCCGCAGGCCCGCGAUUUUCCACGCAAGAUUCCCAGUGGUUCAGCCCAAGUUCUCCUCGAGAACAUUUCGUUUAUCGCCGCUACUUAUCUUUCGUCACAAAGACUUCACGAACCUGAUCAUGGGCGGCCUGAUGAGCUACCUGUGGGGUGGAUCCGCGGCGGCGGCCGACGACGACGACCCGGCGCUCGACGUGCCGGACCCAGUGCUGGGCGUGACGCCUCGCGAGAAGCGCAUGGUCACCGACUGCUGGGACAUCGUGCGCCAGGACGCCAAGGGCAACGGCACCGAGCUGCUGCUCCUGUUCUUUACCAACAAUCCUGAGGCGAAGAAGAGGUUCACCAGCUUCAAGGACGUGCCCAUAUCAGACCUGCGAACCAACCCCAAGUUCCACGCGCAUGCUAACAGCGUCAUGUAUGCACUGACUGCUGUUGUGGACCACUUGGAUGACCCUGAGGUCAUGAUUGAGAUGCUGCGCAAGCAGGGCGAGAACCACGGCCGAAGGAAGAUUACAGAAGCAGAGUUCUUGGCAUUGAAGAAGGAUUUCUUUCAAUUUCUGCUAGAGAAACUCAGUGCAAAGAUGACCCCAGAGUGCAUCAAAGCAUGGGAGAAAAUUGCUGAUGCAGCAUUUUCUACAAUGAUCAACUCUCUGAAUGAGGUCCAGAAAAGUCAGCAUGUUAUCUCUUGAGCAGACACCCAAAGCAGCUACAACAUUUCCAUGUGAAAUUCAGUGCUACACUCAACAGCAUUGUCACAACUGGAGAGUUGUUCCUCAGACCACUUUUACGAUGUUUAUAAUUUUAUGACAAGAGAAGGGGUCAAAUGAGAAUUCAGAGUGUUGUAACAAAGGCAUAUUUUCAUAACGUUUAAUACUGUGAAAGACUGUGUUGCAUGCCAUUGAUUUUAGCACAGCUGACAGAACUCUUCUUAUGGACAAAACCAAGGAAAAUAUUUUGGAGAAACAAGAAAAGACACUGCUUACACAAUCAUCUGUCAACUGUGCAAUGUUUAAAUAAUCAAGAAUCACUAGUGAGGAGAUGAGUUUCACAUCAGGAUAAAUGGAUUUCAAAAAAGGGACUGAAGAGGAAUGAGAAGUGAGUCAAAUGUGAACCAUUUUAUCUUAAAAGACAAUAUAUUUUGCACCCACUUCAGUGACAUGGCAAGGAUUUUUGCUCUGUGUACUUAGAUACACUUCUUGUGAAGGUGUAAUAUUCUGUAUAGAUUAAAAAUGUUAUUAAUACACAAGCAGUUUCAGUGACAAUCAGGAGAACAAAAUGCCUGAAAUAUCUACCUAACGAGAGAAUAUUUUGGAGUCUGAUACAACAGAAAUAAUUAGCCCCAAUUGGCUCUAGUGGUCCUGCUUCCUUACUAUCAUAUGAAGAAAGCAGAACAUGCCAUAAGUUGUUCUUACUAUAACAAAAUUUAGUUUAGUUUUAACAUUUUAAUACUUUAUCCAGCAACAUAUUUUGACUAAAGGACAUAACCUGUGUAAGCAAGAUUUUAUCAUCCUGGAAGUUUGUAUGCUUGGGUAUUAACUUUUAUCAGUAAUUACCUUGUUUAAUUCAUGUUGAAUUUGUUUACCUACAGGAUAAUGCUAUAGUACUUUAAUAAGAUGAUCCUUUCCUUUUUUGUUCCAUUUUUUUCCUUCGUAUGUCGUCACUGUUUUCACAGCAUAAAUUUUAUUGGUAUUACAGUAAAAAGCUGUGCAUUUAGUGCACAAUUUUUAUUGGUAGAAAAGUUUUCAUGAGUCUCAUAUACAUGAUAUUUGAUAUAGUUAUUGGUUUACAUGGACUAAUAUGAAAAAUUUUAAACCUGUGUUACUAUUAUAUUUUAUAAUAAUUUAAAAUGCUGGUAUAUUUAACUGUGGACUAUGUUCGGUGACUACAUUAAAAAAAAUUAAUAAGAGAUGAAAAAUAUCUCUGAAUACACAAAAAUAAUGAUCCUAAACAGUUUUAAUUAUGGAAUUCAGCUUACUUAAUGUUAUCUUUUGCAAACAUUUCAACCACACUUCCUUAAUAUCUACGGGCUUUAUCUUUCCUCAUGUUUAGUAGUACACAUUAUUGUUUGGAGAUGUUUUUGACAGGCUCAGCAGGUUGGGGGGGAGUUCCAACAAAAUGUCAGUUGGCACCUCAGUUCACUUUCAUAGAUCCAUUAUUUGAACUGACAUAAUUCUGCAAGAGUUACUGCACAAGGUGCGUGUCACUGAAUCCUUCUACAAGAGGAUCAAUUGUUAUAUCACUGUUUUUAUUUCUUUAGAAUUGGACUCUUGUUAACGGUUGCUACCUUACGGUUCUGUUGAUAUUUUAUUUUAUUAUUAUUUUUUUUUUUUCAACAAGGGACGAUAUGCAUUUUUCUAAACUAUGAGCUAUGUUUGCUCUCCUCAAUAUUUAAUUAAAAUUAUAUUUACAAUCAAGUCUGAUGCAGUUGCACAUGUAAGAAAUGGAUUCUGCAGAUAUAGUGCUUGUACUCAUUUCUUUAAAAUUUAACUUUUUUCUUAAAUCAAUUCUUAGUACAUAUAAAAUGUAAUUUUGAGAAUGAGAUCCUGAGAAAUAUGUCUGUGUGAUGGACUGAUUAACAGCCAGAAAUCAGUGUGUUGUCAUAGAUCAUACAUUGAGCAAAUGUGUUAGUAGCAAAGGGCAAGAAUGGAGAACUAGUACUCAGUAUGCAAAGAUAGCAUGGUGUAAUGUAAACAUUUCCUGGUAGUUUCUAUGAUUAACUAUUACUUCAAAGAUUAGGCAAUACAGUGUGUGUGCAAAAACAAGAAGUAAUUUUUGUCGUAUAUAAGUCAAUCAAACUCAAUAUGAUCAUUCUUCCGGUCUACAAAGAAAAAACUUCUGCCAGAGUGCAAAAAACUGUCUGCUGAGUAACAAUUAUGACACUACUGUGCACUUUAAUCAUUAUUUUAUGCAAUUGAUGCACACUUAUGAUUUUCAUCCUAAACAAGGAACUUGACAUAAUUCCACAAAGGUCAUUUGGUAUCAUAUUCCACAAAUGCAAUGAGCCUCUACUGACCCACCAUCCCAGUAACUCACAGUGGAGAUAAUCAUGAACAGUGACAGUAAAUUAUAAAGGAGAAUGUUCAAUUGGAAUGCAACAGCAUUCAGAGUUUCAUCAGCCUCAGCUUUGGGUAAUGUGAGGAACCCUUUAAAGAUAUCAUGGUAACUUGCACAUAUAACCAUUCUCUAUGUAGAAAAGUGUGGUUGUUAAAUCUUAGUCUUGACCAUCCUUAGUCAGAUGAUGAGCUUCAGGGUGUUUACUUCUCAUUCUUGAAUUUUGAGGAUUGCAGUUAGUCCAUAAUUGGAAGAUGACAAUUUACAAAACCACUUUUCUGUAUUUCUGGUGCUAUAACUCUCACACCUUCCUGAUAGUUUUAGGAACAUUGAAGAUGAAAUUAAACACAAUCAACUGAACUGGUCUCCUAUACGCCAAGAAUACUGUAAGACCUCAUUCUACAAAUAACUGCAAAUUAGGUAUGCUGGGGUCACCGACUUAAGUUUUGAAUAGUUUACAAAAUCAAGUUAUUGGGUGCUGAAGUCUUACAACUGAUGUUCAGUAUGUUAUGUAGAUCAGACCAGUGCUUUGCGUGCAAAGUGAAAGUUAAUAUAUUAUCAUUAGAACAGCUAUUUAAUCCAUGUAUUUGAAUACUACUCUCAUACCACCAAUUAUUUUCGUAAAUAUGUUGGACUCAUUGCUCUGUUGUGGGGUGGCAAUAAAAGAGAGAAAUAAAAAUGAAUUUUGAAUCACAUUUCUCAUUUCACUGUUUCAUUUUGUCAGAAGCACAAUAAAUAUCGUCUUUUUAGAAACAGUAAAACAGAGUAGUUCUGUAUGGGGCAAUAUGACCUGAAUGGUUAAAUGUCACUCAAGAUUUUUAGUAUCUGUCUACAGAUCUUUAAAUAACAACUGAAAUAUUAUGGCAUCUAUUGAAGAAGAUAGAGUUCCGUAUAUAAUACAGGACAAAAAUUCAUUUGUUUCACAAUAAAUAACAGAAGGGUAUAUUAGCCAUGAGUUACACUGUAUGUAUGUAUAUAUAUUUUUUCCUUCUAGUGGGUUUUUAAUUUUAUUAGGACAUCAAAACAAUCAACAGUGCCUCAGAAGUGGAAAAAAAAGGUGUGUUAUUCACAGAACAUGUAAGAAAACAUUCUUAUUGACUUGUAUCAAUCAUUGUUGAGGGAUCUGAAAAUUUGUUUUAUGGUAUAUAAGAACAUAUUGUUGAAUAUGAAAAAUGUCAUAUCAACCACAAAAAAUUAAUUGUGUACAUUUGUAAUUAUAGAAAGAUGUAAAAUUAAUGGAAAUAAAUACUUGCUUUAUUA